ACGCAGUGGGGUUACAAAAAAAUGGGGGAUCAGGGUGGGGUGGGCUUCGCAGCGCCACAGAAACUCGUCUGCGAGCAGGCCUCCUCCAGACAUCGCGAGAUCUGCCGGCGGGGAAGCGGGACUCCAUCCCCUGCCGUGUGCGCAUGCGUGUGGUUUUUAGCGCGCAAACAUUUCGAAGCUUUCUGCCUGACGAUAAUAGGCAACCAAGUUUGGGUUAAGAAGUUCGUCACGUCGAUACUCUGGAUUCAAGUACACAACACCACUUUCUUCGAGAUUUUCACUUAAAACUCCGAUUAUUUGUAUAUUGACUAUGAACUCUGAGAAAUUUCAGCGAAUUAAGUGGCAAAGGAGCAGAAGUUGGGAGAACCCGCUUUAAAAAUAAGAGAGUUUUAAGUGUUUGAAAAGAUAACUCUGGGACAGCAUAAGGGAAUAAAGCUGAGGGGUGAUAGGAUUUUUUUUUUCUUCCCGAAGACCUUGAGAGGAUGUGAUGAACUAAGGAUACAUGGAACAGCUGCACAAGCACUGGAUUUUGCUCUGCAACAUCUAAAGAACUAAGAGAAAAAAAGUGAAUAUGGUUUUUGCUCACAGAAUGGAUAACAUCAAGCCACCUUUGGUUGUUCCUUCGCUUCUGGUGCCCCUCCAGAACCACAGCUGCACUGAAACAGCCGCACCUCUGCCAAGCCAUGACCUGAUGGAAUUAUGUGAUGAGCACAGGAGGAUGGGCAACAGAACAGACCUUCGAUACGGACUGAAACCCGGUGAAGUGGCCACAGCCAGCAUUUUCUUUGGGACUCUGUGGUUGUUCUCUAUCUUUGGCAAUUCCUUGGUUUGCUUGGUCAUCCAUAGGAGUAGAAGGACUCAGUCCACCACCAACUACUUUGUGGUCUCCAUGGCAUGUGCUGAUCUUCUCAUCAGUGUGGCCAGCACUCCAUUUGUCCUGCUCCAGGUCACCACUGGAAGGUGGACACUUGGGAGUGCAAUGUGCAAGGUUGUACGCUAUUUUCAGUAUCUCACUCCAGGUGUCCAGAUCUAUGUUCUUCUCUCCAUCUGCAUAGACCGGUUCUACACCAUUGUUUACCCGCUGAGCUUCAAGGUGUCCAGAGAAAAGGCCAAGAAAAUGAUCGCAGCGUCCUGGAUCUUUGAUGCAGCCUUUGUGACCCCAGUCCUCUUUUUCUACGGCUCCAACUGGGACAGUCAUUGUAACUAUUUCUUCCCUUCCUCCUGGGAAGGGACUGCCUAUACUGUCAUCCACUUCUUAGUGGGCUUUGUGAUUCCAUCUGUGCUCAUAAUCCUGUUUUACCAGAAGGUCAUAAAGUAUAUUUGGAGAAUAGGCUCUGACGGUCGAACAGUGAGGAGAACAAUGAACAUUGUCCCAAGGACAAAAGUGAAAACGGUCAAGAUGUUCCUCAUUUUAAAUCUCUUGUUUUUGUUCUCCUGGCUGCCUUUUCAUGUAGCUCAGCUCUGGCACCCCCAUGAACAAGAUUAUAAGAAAAGUUCCCUUGUUUUCACAGCGAUCACAUGGAUAUCCUUUAGUUCUUCAGCCUCUAAACCUACUCUUUACUCAAUUUAUAAUGCCAAUUUUAGGAGGGGGAUGAAAGAGACUUUUUGCAUGUCCUCGAUGAAAUGUUAUCGAAGCAAUGCCUAUACUAUCACAACAAGUUCAAGGAUGGCCAAAAAAAACUAUGUUGGCAUUUCAGAAAUCCCUCCCAUGGCCAUAACUAUAACUAAAGACUCAAUCUAUGAUUCAUUUGACAGAGAAGCCAAGGAAAAGAAGCUUGCUUGGCCCAUUAACUCAAAUCCACCAAAUACUUUUGUUUAAUUUCUCAGAAUUCAUUCACUUAUUGUAAUGCACUGGAGAUUAAAAUCUUUAAUUAUAAAACAAGUUAUUUACAUAUUUUUUCACUAAACUUUCUGAGUUAUUUUGUAAAAUGCAUUCAUUUGUUGAUUAUAGUUUUUGUGACUUUUAUGCUAGUUGCUUUUUGUUUUAGGAAAAGCAUUCACCUUAACUAUGGUCAUUAUUUUACUAUAUUAGCUAAGAUGCAUAAAAAAUUCUUUUCUACUUUUUAUUAAGCAUUAGGGCACAGUUUUUGGUUAAUGAUUCCACUCUAUUUUAUUCUGUUUUCUUUUUCUUCUCUCUAUUGAAUUUUUAUAACUAUGGGCUUCUGUUUCAGUGAAAGCCUCCAUGUCCUACAUUUCUGAAACAUAUAUUUCUUUAAGCAUUUAGGAGUAGUUAAUACUCUCUAUAUUUUCACAUUACCUUCUUCCAAGUAAUCACUGGCCAGAUAUGUGGAAAACAAUUCAUGUAUUUGAAUAUAUUGGAGCUUACUGGGAAGUCUCCUAUAAUUGGGUUUAAAUAGAAUUCUUAGUGAAAAAAUGCUUAUGGUGUUGUUGAAACUUUUGUCUCUCUCUUGAUUUCUUCCUACUUAAUCCAAGCUACUGAUGAGGUCUUGAAAAUUCUGAAUUUGAUGUGAUGUGUUCCUCACACCUGGGUCCCAUCUAGGCUGCCUCAUCUUCCCCCUCUGAGCUAUACAUAAGCAAAUGAGCAAGUGUCCUUGCUAGGCACACCCAGAAAAUGUCAAAGGGAGAAGUGGCAGAUGGCAUUUCUUUCUGCUCUGCAGUCCAGUGAUCUUCAGCUGCCCAGCCCUGUCACCAUCCACCAGGGCAGAAAGGACAAGGAGUAUCUUCUCCUUUCUCCUAGAAACUCAGACACAAGUCCAUUUCUCCAGCCAGGGCUUCCUUCCCCUCAUCUCUCUCCAAGUUACAGCAUUGUACCCCAGCCAAACUCAAUCUCUUCAUUGCCUAUGAUAACUUAAGACUUUUUUCUGCUUCUCAGGUCUCCAUUAUUUCAAUUCUAGGACCAAUGCAUUUAGAAAAUGUUUUCUAUUAAAUAAUAAAGGGCUUAAAAACAAGACUGGUGUGCAU